CUCAGCCACUCCCGCGUCUGUUGCCGUUCACUAGGCUCACGGCGUGAGGUUGCAACCCCCUUCCUUGAUCCAUGUUUUUCUGCAUCUGCGCAAGAUUUCAAAAUAUAAUGUGCAAAUGAGCCUGCUGCUCCGCUUGCCCCGCGCGUUGCGGAGCCUCGUUAGCCCGUAGACCUGCUGCGUUCGCACGGCUUUUCUAUCCUCCUAUCGUUUAAAUGACUACGCUGUUGGCUGCUCUCUAACCCUCUCUCUCCCUCCCCUAUUCAAACCCCCCUCCUCCCUCUACAAUCUCGUGGCUCCGUUACCGCCGUACAUCCAGCCCUAUCCUCCGUACAUAUCAGCUCUUAAUUUCAACCCUACUGCCCUCCCUUCCGGCUCUCCCUCAGCUGUGGCGCUCCCGCCGGACAUAUUUUUUUCCUCCGGUCUUCUGCCAUCGAAGAGCCUCUGCUCACCGUAUGCCCUCUUUUUGGUAUUGGAUUACGUAACUCUUCAUGAUUGCGCGUUGAGUGUUGCCUAUGGUAUGGAUACAGUCAUGGAAGAAGACGUAUAUGACUCCGAUGAUGCCCGGGCUUUCACUCCUCCACUCAAGCGGUCCCGAGUCGACCUCAGACCCUAUAAGACCCCAACCCCUCCAUUUGUCCCCGAAAAGAGUGAAAGCCCCAAAGGAAAAGAAAGUCCCUCUGGACGUGUCCGUAAGGACCGACCAGAUCUCGCCCACCAGCUUACCCAGGCACACGUCCAAUCGGUCUCGCCGUCAGACACUAGUGAAUCCAAUGACAGAGCUGAGCUGAAGGGAAUAAAUAGGCAUACGGAGGAUUCCAUGCAACAUGCGGACUCGGCCUGCAGGUCACCAUGCGAGGUGCAAAAUCCACCGAGCCUCGAGGAGAAGCCCCCUCCAAGUGUCCAGCAGAGAAAACCGCAAGAUCCCUGUAAUGUCAUGAACAUCUGCAAUCAGUGGAUGGACCCCAGCGAAUCUGUUCCAAUCAAGAAAGAGCAAGCUUUCAGCGACCACGACAGGAUCCCAUUCCGCACGCGGAUGCACUCUCAAGAACCAGCUUUCAAGUAUCAACUUCCGAGAAUUAAUUCAAACCCGGAGGAUCGGGAGGUGGCGUCCAGAUCGUCCAGAGUGAAGGAAGAGCUGGAGCUGCCCCAUCCCGACCAGAAGCGCGUCUGUCGAAGUCACCAUCCAUCUCCCUCCCUGCCGGUCCUGCAAUCUCCGCCACAAUCGACGGCGUCGCCAGAUUCUGCCCGGAACUUACCGCCAAUCAAGGCACUAGUUGGACCUUCCUUUGAAGAGCCAGCUCGCUUUCCAGCUUUUUCGACAUUUGAGCCGCAAUAUCUACCAGCUUCGUUUCGCCGUGCGGCCACUUUUUCCCACCUCACUGCUGCUAGUACAAAGGACAUGUCAAGCCUCUCGCCCACGCCCGUCGCUGGCACCCCUCAUAGCUCCUAUUGGGCACCAUCGACAAACGCUGAAUGCUCUCAAUCUCAGUCUCCUGGCGACACUAGCUCCCAUUUUACAGGCAGCCCAGCCACUGGAUAUCCUACGCCAAUAGAACCAAGAAAGAAUGAGACCAAGACAUCGACGCCUCAGAAUUCAGGCGGGUUCAAGUGUGAACACCCCGGCUGCAAUUCAGAGCCCUUUCAGACACAAUAUCUUCUCAACUCGCACGCAAAUGUACAUUCAGAAAACCGACCUUACCACUGCCCUGUGGAAGAUUGUCCACGGGGUAAAGGGGGAACGGGCUUCAAAAGGAAAAAUGAAAUGAAACGACAUGCCCUAGUUCAUAACUCUCCGGGGUAUAUCUGCCCAUUUUGCUCAGACCAGCAACGCCAGUAUCCCCGCCCAGACAAUCUUCAAAGACACGUUCGGGCCCAGCACGGAGAUAAAGACAAAAAUGAUCCUUUGCUACGACAGGUCCUUGCCAAGAGGUCCGAAGGCGUAGCCCGAGGAAGGCGUCGGCGAGCAUGACAUUCGUUAGGACAAUCAACAACUGUUUUCUGUUCGGCCUUAGCUACUCUCGACUAUGUCGUUCACGGGAUUCGCAGCUCUGUCCCCCCAACCCCAACCCCGACGGAUAUCGACGGGGAAAUAUUAUCGGAGUAAUGGUAAUCGGUAGUCCUUCAACGAGUGCCAGGGUUUGUUUCUGUUAUAUUGUUUCGGUUAGGGUGCC